AUGAAUUAUGAUGAUUGUCAAAGUGUUAAUUCAACACUUCUUAUUGAUCCAAGUACACGAUCCUCAUUAAAGAAAACGAAAACACGUGAUCAUAUCAGAUGGAAGGGACGAACAAGUCUGUUCAAUGCUAGUCUUCGUCGAUUUCAAUCACCAUUUCGUCGAAACACAAUGACGACUGUUUCUCCUACAUCCUAUCCACUAUUUCGUCAUUUCUAUUUGAUGCGAAAUUCUUUUCGAUAUCGACGAUCACAACAUCUUGUUCGUAGUAAUACGAUCACAUCUGAUUCAUUUCUAUCCGGUCGUGUCGAGCCUCGUCAUGUGAUUUUUACGCUUUCGAUUACAAUUAUUAGUGCUUUUCUUCUCAUUCUUAUGGUUUAUUUGGACUUAGUCUAUCUUAACGAUGCCCUAUCAAACGUAUCACAAAAUCGAGUCAUCACUAAACAUAUCUCCUUAUGUGCUCAUUAUCCAAAAGUUUGUAUUAUCAAAAUUAUUGUUAUGAUUGUAUUUAUUAGUAUAGCUGUCUUACUAUGUUACAUGAUACUAACGUUAUACACACGUGCUCGACGUCAUACACAUUUGUUAGAACGGAAAACAGAUGAAUUAGAAAAAGAGAAGUGUUUAACACAGAAGUUACUUCAUGAAAUUUUACCACCAUGUGUGGCAAAGGAUUUAAUCAAUGGUCGACAAGCACCAGCAGUACACUAUGAUUCAGUUACAGUCUAUUUUUCUGAUAUCGUUGGAUUUACUCAAAUAGCAAGUAUGUGUUCGGCGACUGAAACUUGCGAUAUGUUAAAUCAAUUGUACUCGAUAUUCGAUUCUCUUUUGGAGAACUUUGAUGUUUAUAAAGUUGAAACGAUUGGUGAUGCUUAUAUGGUUGUUUCAGGAGCACCGGAAAGAAACGGUGAUCGACAUCCCAAUGAAAUUGUCAACAUGUCGUUGAGUUUAAUUCGUGGUAAACAACAAGUUCGAGUACCACGCACAUUUGCUGAACUAAAACUACGAGUUGGAAUUCACACAGGACCUGUGUGUGCUGCUGUGAUCGGUUCGAAAAUGCCUCGAUAUUGUAUGUUCGGUGACACAGUUAAUGUUGCUAAUCGAAUGGAAUCAACCGGUUUACCCGAACGAAUUCAUUUAAAACGAGGUGAAAUUGAUAUCAAAGGCAAAGGUCUCAUGCGAACAUAUUUCCUAUUGGAUCGCAAGUCAUUUUCGAACACAAUGUUUUACGCAGGAGUAUAA